AUGGGACCUCACACUGAAUCAAAUUAUCCCUUUGAUCUGGGCACUUAUGCGCCCAAGAUUAGCUCAUCCCUUGGUCGCACAACGCGUAUAUGGUUCAAUCGCGGUCUCAAGUGGUGCUACGGCUUCAACCACGAGGAAGCGGCAAGAUGUUUCGGGAAAGCUUUGCAAGACGAUCCAUAUUCCCCUCUCUGCAAUUGGGGGCUUGCCUACGCUCUGGGCCCCAACUAUAAUAAACCCUGGUUCAGAUUCGAUAUGAGCGUCGAGUUCCCAACCACGCGAGCACGAAUACUGCGACUUGUCGAAUUCGCGGAUACCAGGAUCAGCAAGGAUGCAAGUUCGCUAGGUCCUAUGCUACUCGAAGCCUUGAAGCAACGGGUGCCAUCAGAGAAGCGCGACAUACAGUCCAUACGUAAAUGCAAUGCAGCCUAUGCAGACGCCAUGGAGCGGAUAUACCAGAAGUAUUCCGAGGACGCAGACAUUGCGGCAUUGUACGCCGAUGCACUCCUGAACAUCACACCUUGGAGUAUUUGGCGUCUAAGCGAUGGCAAACCAACUCCACAUUCCCGUGGGCUAGAGGCGAAGAGGGUCCUUGAGAGAGCCAGGAAUACUGUUGCAGGCAGGAACCACCCGGGCAUCCUGCACAUGUACAUUCACUUGAUGGAGUUGUCGCAGACACCGGAACUAGCGCACUCUUUAGGCCCUCGCCUCUCCCAAUUGUACCCAGAUAUCGGCCAUCUGGUCCAUAUGCCCGUCCAUAUCGAAGUUCUCUUGGGCCAUUACGGCACCGCUAUCGAGAUGAACGAACGUGCCUGUCGUGCAGAUGAGAAAUUUGCAGCAAUCCGCGGGAGCAAGGACUUUUACACCUUCUUCCGGAUGCACAAUUACCAUUCCCUGGUAUACGCAGCCAUGUUUGCUGGAAAACGGCAGACGUGUAUAGACGCUGCGAGACGUAUUGUGCAAGCGGCGUCUGCGGAUCUUCUACAACUUAAAAAUGGGGCAGAUUGGCUCGAGUCCUUUUUAUCAGUGCCAAUCCAUGUUUGGGUCCGGUUCGGCAAUUGGGAUCAGCUGAAAAACGCAACUUUCCCCGCAGACUCCGAGCUUUACUGCGUGUAUACUGCUAUGCUACACUACGGCAAAGGCAUCGCCUUCGCGGCUACGAACAAUAUCGAGGAGGCCACCAAGCAUCAGGAUCUGCUAAAGAAAGCUUGCAAGCGGAUACCGGAGAGCAGACUGGUCGGAAAUUUCUGCAUCAGCGCACGAACGGUGAUGAGAAUCGCUGAAGACAUGCUUGCUGGUGAACUCGAGUAUCGCAAGGGGAAUUAUGCAUAUGCCUUCCAAUGCCUACGAGACGCGAUCUACAAGGAGGACCACCUUCCAUAUUCAGAGCCGUGGGCUUGGAUGCAACCUACCAGACAUGCAUAUGGGGCCUUGCUCUUGGAACAAGGCCACGUAAACGAGGCCAUAAAAGCGUACGAGCAAGAUCUCGGCUUGGACAAGACAGUUUACAGGUCGAGGUGGCAUCCAAACAACAUAUGGGCGCUGCAAGGGCUGCACGAGUGUCUCCUGACGCGUUUGCCUGACGACCUGGAUUACUUGCAAGACAUCGGGGAUAAGCUGACCAAGGCUCGUGAAUCUGCUGACGUCGACAUUACGGCGUCGUGUUAUUGUAAGCAAAGCGCCUGGAGUUGCUGUACCUCUUAG